AGCGCUGGUUCCCUUGGUGACAGGCAACGCGCGCAAGAUGGCGGCGGAGGCGGAGGGGGGCGCAAGCCCCGCGGAGUUGGCGCAGGCGGCGGAGUUGAGCCGUGUGUUGAGCCGUCUACUGCCAGGGCUGGAAACUGACAGCAAGCUGGGACGGCGGCGGGCGCUGGAGGCCCUACAGCAUGUACUGGAGGAGACCACGGGGCCCAGCGCCAACCCCGCCGCGUUUCAAGGCCCUUGGGCUCGCCUGCUGCUGCCGCGCCUGCUACGCCUCCUGGCCGACCCGGCCGAGGGCUGCCGCGCGCUGGCCGUGCACCUGCUAGACCUCGGCCUACGCCGCGCCGCGCGGCCCUGCGACGCCCUGCCGCGCCUGCUGCCCGCGCUCACCGCACGCUUGGCCCGGCCGGAGCCUGCGCGGCCUCCUCUGGAAGCUUGCGAGGAGCUGCGCCUAGCGCUCGUGCAGCUGCUAGGGCUGACAGUGCGCCUGGGCGGCGUAGCACUCGCACCCCACCUGGACGACGCUGUACGUGCGCUGCGGGGCGCGCUGCUCGACCCCUUUGCUGCUGUGCGCCGGGAGAGCUGCGAGUGCGCCGCCGCACUGGCACGCGCCACGCCUGACCACUUCCAUAUGCAGUCGGAGUCCCUGAUCAGCCCCCUGAUGCACACCAUCUCCCACCAGCACUGGAAAGUCCGGGUGGCUGUCAUUGAAGCCACGGGUACAGUGAUCCAGUUUGGAAACGGGAAGUCCGUAGACGAUGUGCUUUCCCACUUUGCUCAGCGACUCUUUGACGACGUCACUCAGGUACGACAGGCAGUGACCUCUGUGGUGGGAGGCUGGCUGCUGGCUCUGCGAGACCGCUAUUCAUUCUUUCACAAGCUCAUCCCUUUGUUGCUGAGCAGCUUCAAUGACGAGAUGCCUGAAACUAGGCAGUUGGCCACCAGCCUCUGGGAGAAGGUAGGGCUGCAGUGGCAAGAGGAGAACGAGGCAGACCUGAAGGACAAGCUGGACUUCGCCUCGCCACCCCCACCUCACUACCCGCAAGUGAGCCGCCCUGUGCUGGGCUGCCGGGAACUGGUCUUCAGGAACCUCUCCAAAAUCCUUCCUGCCAUUUGUCACGACAUCACCGACUGGGUCGUGGGAACCAGGGUAAAGUCCGCACAGCUACUACCAGUGCUGCUCCUGCAUGCUGAGGACCACAUCACACAGCACCUGGAGAUCAUCCUCAGGACCCUGCAGAGGGCCUGUGCUGACGAGGAGGCGGCUGUGGUCAGCAGUUGCACAAGAUCUGCAGAGCUGAUUGGGACAUUCGUCAGCCCAGAAGUGUUUCUGAAGCUGAUCUUAUCGAUGCUGAAGAAAACACCCUCCUCUUCUAGCCUGUUAAUUCUCGCUUCUGUCAUUCGAGGCUGCCCACGGGAUGCCCUCCAGCCACACCUCAAGGUCAUCACUACAGAGCUGGCCCAGGCGCACGUGAGCCAGGCAUCUGAAAACGAUGUCUACCUGGAGCACCUGCUGCUCUGUGUGCAGAGCCUGGUGUCUGUGUGUCAAGAGGACUGCAGCAUGGCCAGCCUGCAGCUCAUGGAGGUGCUGGUGACAGUCAAGGCUCUCUCAGGUGCCACUGCCCUUGGGGACAAGGCUCGGGAGACCAUGGAGUCACUGGCCAUGGUAGACAAUGUCCCUGGAAGUCAGGACCUCUACCGCAAGUACAUGGGUCCUCUCCUGGAGCGACUGACUGCCUCGCACAGUGACUGGACUGCUCACUCUGUAGAGCUGCUGCAGUUUUGUGAAGUCAUCACCCAGUCAGGCCCGGCUGUGGGAGAAACGCUGCAGCAUGUGGUCCCCACUCUCAGGACCUGUCUGCAGACCACAAGAGACCCCCAUAUGUGCCUGAAGCUUUUCUCCAUCCUCUCCAGCCUGCUGAUGAGGUCCAAGGACACCAUCAACUCCCAGGGGCAGUUUUGUGUCUACCUCGACACAGUGGUAAAGGACAUCCUGAUGCCCAAUCUGCAGUGGCGAGCAGGGAAGACAGCUGCGGCCAUCCGCACUGCUGCCGUGUCCUGCUUGUGGGCACUCACCAGCAGCGAUAUCCUGUCGACCAAGCAGGUGCAGGACGUGCAGGAUGCAUUGCUGCCGCGGGUCCUGGCCACCCUGGAAGAAGACCUGCAGACCGCCCGGCUCAUCUCCUGUCGUAUCAUUAACAUAUUUUUAAAGACCUCUGGGGAUGUUAUAGAUCCAGAUAAAUUCAUCAAGAUUUAUCCUGAGCUCUUAAAACGCCUGGACGAUGUCUCCAAUGACGUGCGGAUGGCUGCUGCCUCUGCCCUGCUCACCUGGCUGAGAUGCAUCCAGAGUGCCGACGGCAAGUCAUACUAUCAAAGCAGCAUCCAGUACCUGUACAGGGAGCUCCUCGUUCACCUGGAUGACCCCGAGAGUGCCAUCCAGGACGCAGUCUUAGAGGUGCUCAAGGAGGGCAGCAUGCUGUUCCCAGAUCUCCUGGUGCGCGAGACGGAGGCUGUCGUACAUAAGCACCGCUCAGCCACGUACUGUGAGCAGCUCCUGCAGCACGUGCAGGCCACUGCAGCCGCACAGUGACCAUGUGCCAGCAUCCAGCAGCUCUGUGGCCUUGAACCUGUAUCUGCAGGGCACACGUGUCGGCAGCCCAGAUGCACCACAGCACAAGGAAGGCACCCGAGACACCACCCGCCACUCACCCUCCCGACCGUGCUUCUGGCCAGCAAUAUCUGAGUGACGUCAAUGAGUGGGUUUUGUAUUUUUAUGUGUCAGAGAGGCCUCCCUAUGUGUGUAUGUCUGUUGAAGCUAAAACUAAAUGUCACCUGCUCCCACACUGUCAGCCAAAUCAGCUAGUUUCUCAUGUACUCCACAAUUCUGUCCUGCUUAAAUGCCCUCCAAGAAAGUUCUUAACUAUUAAAACAAAAAGUGAUUAGAAAAAAAACUUUAUCAUUCUUUGAGUUCUGGCUCAGACCACCAGGAAUUUGAAGGCUUGACUGUUAUCACUGAAAUCUUACCCAUUUAAAUACAUUGGAACAUGGUUAUAGUAUUUUUAAGUUGCAAUGCUGACAGUAUUGUGAUAGAACAUUCAGACCUCAUUCUGGUCACUUUCUUAGCAGCAAUAAAAUAAGAUUGUAUUUUAUUCUCCAGCAUGUUCUAUAUCUAAGUGCCUAAAAGAUUGUAAGGGGGAUAUUGUUUCCUUAAGGCAAUAUUUAUAUUAACACAGCAGGAAAGGCUGUUAUAUUUUUUACUAACCACAUAUUAAUAUUUGUGCUCUGAUGUUGAGAUUUUAAUUAAAUUAUUCAAAUUAUUUUCCUA